AUGAAAAUAAGUGUGGGGCGAAUAAUAAGUUUUGUAAGUGUACUCUUUUGGUGUGUAUCGGCUCAAAAUUCUGAAGAUGAUUAUCUUAAGGUUCACAACGCGGCGCGCAAAGGAGUUGGGGUUAAACCACUGAAAUGGGACAAGGAGCUAGAAUCAUAUGCUCGUGCGCACUUGAAUAAGCAUGUUGAAGAUUGCAAGCUGGAGUCAUCGGACGGUCCUUACGGCGAGAACUUAGUGCGUGGAACUGGUAUUUGGAAAAACCUUACUGGAAAAGAAGCUGUUGAAUUGUGGGUGUCAGAAAAACAAUACUACGAUGAGAAAUCCAACUCGUGCUUAGGUGGUGAUGAUGGUGACGACUAUAAAUGUUUUGGUUAUACUCAGGUUGUUUGGAGUACCACUACACAUGUGGGUUGUGCUAGAGUUAGGUGCUACAAUGGAUCGAUCAUGGUUAGUUGUAACUAUAACCCUCCAGGGAACUACAGAGAUAAACGACCCUAUUAA